AUGGACGAAAGGUUGAAGAAACAAGAAGAUAGAUGCCAUGGAAUGGAAGAGUCCAUAGCUUCUCUUAGGUCUAAAUCAAAAGUUGCUGUGGAGACUAAGGAGGAUGCUGCUAACCUUUGUGAAUUGGUGGAACUUAAGCUGUGGAAGGUAAAGUUGUUAAUCCACGAUUCUGCCGAUUCACAUGUUAAAAAAGGUAUAAGGGAGAUGGCUACCAAAGCUGGGCUUACGGUGAAGGUGGUGAAGGAUGUUGUGAUGAUGGAACACUAA